ACUGGUUUCAUUGAAUAGAAAAGGACAGAAACUUAAUUGUCAAUUUUCAUCAGCAAUAACAAAAGACAUAAUGGAAUGGAACACUUCAUUAUUUUGCGUGGUUUUCGUGAGAGCUACAAAAAUGUUUAUUUGGAGAUAUGAGUUCGUUUUUUCUUUCAAAAGACUGCAGUGUUAAAUUGUUUAUUUAAUGUGUGAAAGCUAAAUCUAACCAAAAUGACUAUACCUCCGUUUCCUUCUCAGGAUUUAGCAAAACUUGUGCUUGGAUAUCUUGCCGAGGAACAGUUAAUGACCGCCUAUGAUGAAUUCUUACAAGCUAGCCCUUACUUGGAUGCUUUCGGCAAUGAGUAUGACAGAAUAUUCAUGACAUCACUCAAAAAUAUUCUGGCUGAAUAUAGGGCAGUGAAAAUUUAUGUUGAAACUUGCAAGCCAUUUGCACUUAGAAGAAAGAUAUUUCAGUGUACAAACUUAUUAGAAAUUGUUAAGUUAUUAAUACAGUAUGUUGAUAUUAAUAAGCUUCAAGCGCAAGAGAGCAAUCAAAACAAAUACAGUGCCGAAAAACAGAGUGUAGGUAACAAGGCCAAUGUAUGUGAAGUGUGCAAUUCAUUGAAACUCGAUAGUUGCACAUGUAAAAACAAAAGUAUCAGCCUUUGUAGCUCAUCAGCAACUCAAAUUUCGACGUCUAGCGUUGAAAACUCAGUAGAAACUACAUCACUGUCCGAUUUACCAGGUAAUCACAUAACUUGUAGAAAGAAAAAUCCUAGAGUUUUAAGCACAGAUCAAACGGAUUCUCAAACAAAUGAGUCCAUUGAGCCAAAAACAAGAUUGGCAAGUGAGACAGAGACGGUGGAGAAGAACCUCUCAACCAGUGCCAGUUCACAUAACAAGGUUCAGGAUGCUUCACAAAAUCCAAGUACUUUGGGAAAGUCUGACUCUUUGGAGAAUAAACAAAAAGAAGAAUUUUACAAUAUACUGAAUCAAAUGUGCAAGAAAAAUGAAACUGUUAUUAACACGUCUUCUGCCCCUAAUCCUGGAGAGAAAGGGAGAGUCUCAGUAGCAGGGUACAAUGAGUUUGCUACUGGAGUUAGUGGGGGUGAAGGAGUUAACAUAGUACCAGACUCAAGUACAUCAGAAAAUUUACAUGCGCAUGUACCAUCUACCAAAGACACUAACAACUCAGCGAACUUAGAUAAAAAUUCAAAAAAGAAACAAACAAGAACUCAAUAUUUACUGAAGACAACAAACAGUUCCGGUAUGCCAUCAAAAGAAGUAGUCAGUAUAAAUACUGUGUGUAAUAACAUGUUACCGAAAUUGAAACCUAAGACUGAUGAAAACAAAAUCACAAUUUUGUCCGAUAUUAAAGUUGAUAAUAAUGAGUCACUUGGGGCUGCAACAAACUUGCCUUUGAAAGCGAAGAAUGCGACAUCCACACCUCUUCUACAAAUGCAGACAAUUCUUAUUAAUGGGACUCCGGUCUAUAAGCACCAACAUCUGGGACAAAGCCAAAAUUAUACUAAAGAUGAGAUUAUGGCGAUGCCCACCAUCAUUCUGGCUCCAGCACCAGACCCUACCCUCAUUAGAAGUCAGGCAGCAGUUGUAGGUUCUGCCGCGAACCAGUGCAUACCAAUGACGUCAAGUUCUGCUCGACCGCUAGGCCCGCUCAUUAUAGACGUCACUUCGGAUAGCACCGCCUACCUCAACCAGAUAAACAACCCAAAUCCAGCUCUGAUACCUCAAAUCGAGCAGUCAACCGAUAAACACAAAGACAGUAGUAGUAACGCCCCUAAAGUGCCUGAUAUAACUAGUGCAUCAGCGCCUAAGGAUAAUACAGUCACGAGUAACAUAGAAACAAGUACGCCGCAAGUGCUUCCCCCUCUUAGAAAGUCCUCGUCUACACCACGACGAACUUCACAUGUGAGAGUUUUAGAUUUUACUACACCUAGAAGGAUACUACACGAGACAAUAAACGAAGGUGUUCCUGAGGUUCCAGACAGCAACGACGUUGAAAUUAUACUUAGCCAGAGUCCAAAUAUUUCAAUACCUUCGAGUACAGAGAAAGUAGUAAGCGGUGACAAGGUAGAAGACAAUAAUGCAAGUCUCACUGAAAAUAGCAUAAAACCUAAAGGUAAUGUAAUUAAUUGGGAUGCUGAUUUACGGAAACAUGCGCGGGCUUCAGAAUUAAGUAAUGUACAGGCAAUGAUCAGCCCUAAACCGAAACCUAAGCCAAGACCAUCGAGAAAAAAGAAAACGACCAGAAGUUCUGUUGAUGACAAUACCGAAGAUACAGUAGAAGAUAAAUGCAAUACCAAGAAAAAAACACCGAAAACCAAAGUACCUAAACGUAAAUGUAGCAUUGAUGAAGCCAGUGAAAUUAUAACUAUACCUGACGAGAAAAUAGACGUACUUGUUAAACCGACUAUCAACAUCAUACCACGCGUUCCCGCGGAAUUGGCUAAAGAUCAAGUACCAAGUUCAUCCAAUAAAAACCACAAAGUUCAAAAUAAAUCAAAUAGUGAUGAUAACAUCGAUACUCCUGAGAUGGAAAGGAUGUCACUGCAGAAUGAAAUAGGCGCUAAACUUAAUAUUUCCGAUCUUCUGGAAACUCCAUAUAAACAAGCUCUAUACGAUAUACAAAUGGAGACACCUAGGUUCUUGGGUCCUGAUAUACCAGAUGAUCCCAUGUCUGAUAUAAAAAUUAUGAACAUACCCACUCCUCGGUUCUUGGCAAAUGCCACGCCAUCGUCUUAUUCCUCUAGACCCACCGAUUAUUCUAGUGGAGGUUCUUAUUACAAACCUGACGACCAGGACUACAUGCGAAUUCAAGAUGAUUUAGAUUGUCCUGUAACAUCUACAAAAGAUAAUACAACUAACAAUAGUCUAAAAGAUGAUAGUGACUCGAAAGAAAAAGAGAAUUUGAAGCCAUCUCGCCCCGUACGCGAAUGUACGAAAAAUGUGUCGUACAGACGUGGCAAACAAAAACAUGUCGGAAAUAAAGAAGACUGUGAGAGUUGUCUUGAUUCGGUAAACUUAGCUGAUUUAGCUGCAGAAAAGGCUACGCCAAAGAGCAUAAAUAAUAAGAGUAAACUUAAAACUAAACCAUUAUCCGUGAAGAAAACCAAAUCUGUUAAAAAGGAUAAAUCAUUUAUGAAAAUUAAGCCCAGGCGACCGACGCCGACGAAAAAAGAUGGAAGAGGAAGGAAGAGAAUCCCGAUUUCUGAUCCCUCGAAUCAAUCAAAAGUGCAAACUAGGAGGAAAGCAAAUAAAGAUAAUAGCCCGAGAGCCUCGCCUGCGGUUACGUGCGCUCCGACAAAAUCGCGCAGAAAGUCGUCUACACCGCGGAAACUCCAUUGUAGUAAAUCUUUUAAUUCAGAAAGUUUAGAACACGAAUCCCCAGAGUUUGUUACUAAAAGUAAAGAGAAAAUUCCAGAUUCUAAUGUAGCUGUACAAGAUUCAGAUACUGAGCAAUUACCGCUUCGAUGGUCUGAUGACGGAUCACAGGAGCCAAAACAUGUCAUCGUUAAUGUACCAAUUGAAGCUGAAGACAUAAGUAAAAUACAAAAAUAUAUAGAAAAUACUGUAACAAGUAAACCUAAUGAUAUUGAAGGUAGUUUACACAUAGAUUUGGUAAAAAGAGGAUUUGAUAUAGAAACUGCUAAAAUUAUUGAACGUGAUUUACUUGACAGUACCCUACAAGAGACUCCAGCAAAGCAUAGUACCAAUUUGAAAUUAACAAAUCCUAUUGUGGUAGUAGAUAAUAAACCUGAUAAUGCAGUUUUAGAAAAGACCCUCGAGUCAGAUUGCAGUACUAAUUUACAAAUUGUCCAAAACGACGAAGAAGAAGAGGAUGACGAAAUUGAAUUGUCAGUUCACGAGUGUCAUGAAGAAAGUGCAAAUUACAUUUCAUGUAGUUACGACGCCACCAAAGAGUCACGUAAAACGGAGUUAACAAAAUUAAAGGAUAAGUUUUGCAUGGAGGUUUGUAUAGACGAUGGGGUGUCGAUAAGAUUGCGAGCUACGCCUUUUAGUUUGACGCUUGACCAAGAUCCGAGUCAGGCUGUCGAGUAUUUUGAUUACAGUUACCGGGAGACUGAAAUGGCCGUAAGCUCUAUAGCCAACAUGGACAAGUUGUAUACUCCUCUGAAAGAUGCAAUAAAAGCUCAGUGCUAUGAAAUCUUCGACUCCACGUUGACGAGUUUAGACACACCUUUGAAAGUGAGUAGUCCAACGAGGCAUAAAGAAACCGAAGUAAGCGUGACCGAGAUUGUUCUGGAAGUUGAGAAAGUAGAAGUCAAAGAGAAAGCUGAAGGUAAAAAACGGAAAAGGGUGCACAGCGGUAAUAUGUCAGAUGAGGGUUCGGGAGACAGUAAUAAAAAAACGAAAACGGAUCCGCAAUAUAAUUUAUUUAGUUCUGCCAAUAUACAGAAUAUAGAUAUAGAAUCGGUUUUGAGUAAAUUACAUGGACCUUGACCACCAGGAUAAGUAUAGAUGAGGAACAGAGAUGAUUGUAAAUCCAAGUUAGCGUAUCUUCGGUCUUCGUCUUCUGGUAUCUUCGGCUAAGCGAGAGUCCAAGAGAGUUCCAGUGUCUCCGGAUAAUUACGAGACUAAUUUACGAGAUUACUUGCAACUUAUAAUUUUACAUUGGGGGUGCUUGGCGGAAAAAAGCGCUUGGAAGCGCUUGUAAGCAAAAUGGCGAUUGCUAUGGCAGUUUUCGGCGAUGACACGUUUGCCAACUUCAAUAGUGUCGUGUUUCAUACAUUUUUAGAAGUGACAGCGCUUACUGAUCGCAAUUUUGCUUACAAGCGCUUCCAAGGGCUUUUUUUCCGCCAAACGCCCCCAUUUUUUAUCCCGUUAUUUAAAUCAAUUCCCUUAUUUAAUUCUAGGAGUAUUGUAAUAUUCUCCUAUUUUACUCAGACAUGAUAGACCCCUUCGAAUAAGUUUAAUACCUAAGUAUGACUUCUCGUGCGUUAUGUACUCGGUGUUUUAGCUGUUGUUGAGUCUAGAGAUUUCAUUAUUUUGAGGUAACUCAGUGUUAUGGUGGCGUUUGAACUUAGUCUGUGUACAAAGGGCUCUCACAAACCUAACUGCCAUAGUGUUUUGUUGUUAAAUUAUGAUUCUGUAAAUAGUAGGCGUACUGUUAAUUGUAAGUCAAAUGAUAUAAUUUAUGUUAAACUCCCUCUCACCAACAUGAUUAAAAUAAGUGUUACAAAUAGUGAUAGUUGUAUAUUUAUAUGUGUUGGACACAUAAGUACAGCCUGCUGUUUAUGUAAAUUAGUAUGUAAAGUAACUUUAUUGGUUUUUAAGAUCAUGAUUUAUGGCGGUAUCUUCACAAUUUUGUCAAAUGAUUAUGUGUAAGACAUAAUAUGAAAAAUUUCAAUUAAAAAGUGAUCUAUUUACA